UAGUGAUCUGCGGCAGUGAUCAGUCGUAUUGAGUGAGUCCAAUUACUCGUACUGCUUGCUGUGUGCCGAGCUCUGUCUCAAGUGCGACAUGGAGACUACAGACAACAAAGACACGAGUGAAGCAGAGGGCUUGGCUGGUGUUCGGCUGGUCGUGCUAAACCUGCCGGAGGAUGAGGGCGAAGGUCUGGGGUUCCGCCUCACCAGGACCACGUGGGAUCCUUAUCCCUGGGUUCGUGACGUAAGUGCCGGGUCUCGUGCGGAGCGGUGCGGACUGCGCGCGGGCGACUGCGUGCUGCAGGCUGACGGCCGAGACCUGCUGGGGAUGCCGAUCGGUGAGGUGGCGGCGCUGAUCCGCGGGGACGGCGCGGCGCGCGGCGUCACCCUGUGCGUGUGGAGCUGCGGCGUCGACCCUCACGACGACCCAGAGCUGCUAUGGAGUUGUGGUGGCGGUGCGCGCGGCGAGCGAGCGCGGCGCGCUCUGGCGGGCGUGGUGCGCGCGCUGGCGUGCUGCGUGUGUGCCGCCACCGCUACGCAUGCGCUCGCCUGUGCGCGCUCGCAUCUUUAUUGCUCAGCUUGUUGGAGCAGACUCCAAAGAUGCGCAUUGUGCAGAGAGAGCUUGCCACCGAAGGAUUCCCCGUAUGCGAAAAACUUGGUCGCCGAGCAGGUAUUUGAAGCCAUAGCUGCGGAGUACGAGUUAAAAUCUGCCCUACGCCCGACGAAGACCACGUCAGCGUACAACUCCCCCAACCGGUCCCCGGCCAUGUCUCCGACGACUAGCCGCCGGGGCCAGUACCAGAUAUCCGCCAUAAAGAACAGGAGACCAGACUUUGCCUCCGAUCCCAACAUCAACAGAACUAGAGAAACUGCCACAAAUUCCACACAAACAGGAGAUUCUAGCGCUGGCAACACGAGCUGUCAAUGUCAAAAAGCAACGGAAAGUGCAAAUGCAAACAGUCCACACGUCUGCCAAAGCCUGCUUCAACAUAAAUUGGUGGCCAGAUUACGCCAAGCCUGCUCCCUCGCUGACCUUCAAAACGCAACAGUUCAAAGCUGUGCUCUGUCAAAAUCAUUGAAUAAUAUAAAUUUAAAUGAAAAUUGCCCCAUCCACUCGCAUGGUAGUUCAAUAGACGAUCUAAAGGCUGGUAAUACCGGAAGCUGUGACAGUAUAAAUAACAACGACACUCCUAUAUUCGUGUUAUCUCCUCCACCUAUAUACGUUUUGUCUUGUGAACACGGCAAAAUAUAG